ACUACCAACCCCGGCAGCCGUCAAACCCCCUGCUCGGCCACUUGCUCUUCUCCCCCCUCCGGCACCCGAUGCUCGCCGCCGCCACCACCGCCUCCCUCCCCCCGCCGCUCCGCCGCUCACCGCGCGCAACCUCCCUCGGUGCCCCCCAUGGAUGCGAGGCUGGGGCCCGCUCUCUCCACCCGCGGCCCCGCAGCAGGCGGACCCUAGCCUGCCGCGCGGAGCUGCAGCAGGACGCGCCGUUCGUGGCCGCCAUCGGCGCCUGCGUGCUCGCGUCCCUCGUGCUCCCGCCGGCCAGGGUCCGAGGAGAGGCGGCGGAAGAGGACGACGACGGGGAGUUCGGCGCGACGGACACGAGGAUGGGCGUGAUGGCCAUCAUCUCCUUCCUGCCUUACUUCAACUGGCUGAGCUGGGUCUUCGCGUGGCUCGACAGCGGCAGCAAGCUGUAUCUGGUCUACGCGGCCGUCUAUUUGGCUCCUUACCUUAGAACGAACUUGUCGCUCUCCCCUGAUGAGAGCUGGUUGCCCAUUGCCAGCAUCUUCAUCUGCAUCUUACAUGUUCAGCUAGAAGCAGGCAUCAGGAAUGGUGAUAUUGAGGGCUUCAUGUUCUUUCAAAAAGCACAGAAUCUUCUCUUUCCCAAUGCUAUGAAGGAAAAAGAUGGCCACCGUGCAAACAAGAGAGAAUCUCUCAGAACGGGACAUCGGGGCAACUCAAGAAUACCUUCAGCUCACGAGUCCAGAGAGAAGCUUCGCAAUUCAGCUAUCUUCAAGAAAAGACUUGAUGAGCCCGACGAGAAACAAAAGAAAUCAGACUGGCAUUGAACUUGACGGGGUUCUCUUGUUGUAUGGCACCGGAAGUGGUUCUAGACAGAUGCUUGCUUAUGUAGCUGCAGAAAGUCAUGUUUUAGAAAAGGAGGAUGACCCCCGGCCUUUGCAUCUGAGCGAUGCAUACGGUCACUUUAUUAAUUAUUCUCAUAAGACCUUACAAAGUAAUACCACAGUAAGACUAAA